GUGUCUUCAGGGACAGCAGGGAUCAGAUUCUGACAAGCGCUCGAAGAAAUUACCUUUGACGUCACUUGCCCAGUGCUUGAUGGAAGGUUCUGCCAUUCUAGGGGAUGACUCCCUGCUUGGGAAGAUGCUGAAGUUAUGUGGGGAAGCAGAGGACAAGCUAGCUCAAGAGCUUAUCCACUUCGAGCUGCAAGUUGAAAGAGAUGUGAUUGAACCUCUUUUUGUUUUGGCUGAGGUAGAAAUCCCAAAUAUUCAAAAGCAGAGAAAGCACUUAGCAAAAUUAGUUCUGGACAUGGAUUCUUCAAAGACACGGUGGCAGCAGUCAGCCAAGUCAUCAGGUUUGUCAAGCAACUUGCAGUCCUCGGGUGCCAAAGCGGAUGCUCUCAGGGAAGAGAUGGAGGAAGCAGCAAACAGAGUGGAGAUUUGCAGGGAUCAGCUCUCAGCUGACAUGUACAAUUUUGUGGCCAAAGAGAUAGACUAUGCAAAUUAUUUUCAGACUUUAAUAGAAGUGCAAGCUGAGUACCACAGGAAGUCAUUAGCACUUUUACAGAAUGUGAUGCCUCAGAUUAAAGCGCAGCAAGAAGCCUGGAUUGAAAAGCCUUCAUUUGGGAAACCCCUGGAGGAGCAUCUAACAGUCAGUGGCCGAGAUAUUGCCUUCCCCAUUGAGGCAUGUGUCACCAUGCUCUUGGAAUGCGGCAUGCAGGAGGAGGGCCUGUUCCGGGUGGCUCCCUCAGCCUCCAAACUCAAGAAGCUUAAGGCAGCCCUUGACUGCUGUGUUGUGGAUGUUCAGGAAUACUCAGCAGACCCUCAUGCCAUUGCGGGGGCACUGAAGUCCUAUCUCCGGGAGCUGCCAGAACCACUCAUGACAUUUGAACUCUAUGAAGAAUGGAUUCAAGCAUCCAACAUUCAGGACCAAGACAAGAGGAUGCAGGCCCUGUGGAAUGCUCUUGAGAAAUUGCCCAAGGCCAGCUUCAACAAUCUAAGAUACUUGAUCAAAUUCCUUGCAAAGUUGACAGAAUACCAGGAUGCCAACAAAAUGACACCGAGCAACAUAGCGAUUGUUCUGGGACCCAAUCUCCUUUGGCCUCAGGCAGAAGGAAACAUCACAGAGAUGAUGGCAACUGUUUCCCUGCAGAUUGUUGCAAUUAUUGAGCCCCUCAUUCAGCAUGCAGAUUGGUUCUUUCCAGGAGAUAUUGAAUUCAACUUGACGGGGAAUUACGGAAGUCCCGUGCACGUGAACCACAAUGCCAAUUACAAUUCCAUGCCGUCGCCUGAUAUGGACCACGCUGACCGCAAGCACCCAGAUCAGACCAGGCGACCGCUCAGUGUGGCUACAGACAACAUGAUGCUGGAAUUCUACAAGAAGGAUGGCCUUAGGAAAAUCCAAAGCAUGGGCGUCCGGGUGAUGGACACCUCUUGGGUGGCUCGCAGGGGCACCUCCAUAGUUCGUAAGGCAUCCUCCACCCCUCCUGCCAUGCAGCCCCCUGCUCCGCCUUCUGAUCUUGCUGCUACUCCUCAGUCACCAAUUCCUGAGCAAUCUCUUGACAUUUCAGCUACUCCCUCCCCUACUCCAACUAGCUUCGGUUUCCCACCAGGGGCUGAACGGGCAAGCACGGAUGGUGUGUCGUCUAGUUGGUCGGAUUCCUGUUACAUCUACCCAUCCUCUGAGGACGACAAGCCUCCCCCUUACCCUUGCUAUCCAUCCUUCCUGCACUUCCACUCCAAGAUUGGCUCAUGCACUAGGCCUGAACCUCCCUUACCACUGUACCAGUGGUCAAGAUACAGCCAAACUCUGACCCCUGCUUCUUCCUCCUCCUCCUCCUCCUCUUCUUCUCCAUCCCCUCAGCAACUGGACAUUAAUUCUAACCCUAAACCAUAUUUCCUGCACCUUCCUAAGCAGAGCUCCCUCACAGAGUUGCAUGGCCCUGAGACUAACUUCUCCUCUGUUUACAUGAAAACCUCCCUUUCCUUAUCCAAACCCGAUCCUCCUGGCACUCUUUACAGCUCCCAUAUGUCAGUCUCUCCCCCCUGGGUCAGCUGCACCUGUGCCAGAGACAGAGGAGCCGGGCUCACUAGCACGCUAAAAACUAAGGAGCUUUCUCCCGUGUCUGGGCAAAAAGGCGGCCCAGCUUGUGGUCCUAUGACACCGUGUGGGACUGCACAACAGCCACCUGGCCUCACACAGCAGCUGUCUACAGAGCAGAGCCCACACACACUGCGGAAAGUUUCCAAGAAGCUGGCCCCAAUCCCUGCAAAGGUUCCUUAUGUCCAGUCAGGCGGUAUGUCUGACCAGUCCACGGGGCAGCCAUCCCCUGCCAGCCUUUCUCCCACCCCACCGAGCACCCCUUCGCCUUAUGGACUGAGUUACCCACAAGGCUACUCCUUGGGCUCGGGUCCCCUCUCCCCUGCUGCUGCUCCUUCCCUGUCUUCUCCUCCUUCCCUGACGAGCACUUUAACUAAAUCGCGACCCACUCCCAAGCCACGACAGAGGCCCACGCUGCCACCUCCACAGCCUCCAACUUCAAAUGCAUCUGGCUCCAGUCCACAGUCCGUGGAGCACACCAUACUAGAUGGCAUGUCCCCUGGGGAGAGCAUGUCUACAGAUCUUGCCCACCUUGAUAUCCCAUCCAUCCAUGUAGAGGUUGAUGCCACACUGCACCUGGACCCACUUGGACAAGUCCAGAGACACCCGGUACCAGGAAAGAUCAAUGCAGAGGAGGAUUCAGAAAGCACCGCCCUAUGACACACAACGUCCCGUGUCCUUUAACGUGUUCUCUUGUACAUAUCGGUUCCCCGUGAACACUGCUGAAGGAGAAGAUUCCAGAGACCUUGCGGAGGGAUGUCUGCUGGAGUUCUGCUUGUCAUCCCCUUGUGCAAGACUGACAGCCCUAUGGGCCUGGUGCUAAGCCUGUCUCUGUGGCAAAGGGCGUUGCUGGUGCAAUUUCCAUUUAAUUUAUUUUCUCCUGUUUGUUUAGCCUUAUCCAAACUUUGCCUUUUUGACGUGGUGCCUAUUUAUCUCCCAUAAAAGCUUUCAGACCCAUUACAAAGAAAUAAAAUUAAUUCCAGUUACCCUACUUAGGCAUGUCAUUCCAGCCUUGUAUGAGGGAAGGGGAUAGGAGGGCGGAAGUCUGGCUCACUGGGUGAACGCCACAAAAUGCACUCAGCGGGUUUGGCAGGUUGGCCUUGGCAGCUGUGUUUUGUUCCUUCCCCCUCCUCCUCCUUCAGCUGACUCUGCUCUUCUCACCAAAUUUCCACCUGUGUUGAUUCACACACCCCUCCCCUGUAAACUGGCCAAGGAAUGGAACUUAGAUCUUUCGGGAGGGAGAGUGUAGUGUAUACCUGCAACUUUCCCCAUGAAUCUCUGAAAGCUUGUUUCCUGAAACACCAGGAAAAUGUGUUGAAAUAGCGUGGGUUCUGUUUAACUGCGAGCCUCCAAAUGGAAUGGACAUUUCGCUCUCUGAAUCUUUUACAGUCCCUUCUUGUUACGAUGGCAGGGCUUGCCCUACCUCUCUUUUCUUUGCUUUUACUCCCUCUGGUUGGCAAAGGAAAAUUUGUAGAACUCAAAGAAGAGGGACCACUACUGGGAGAAGCCAGCUAUUGCUUCAUUUGCCUGUGGUGAGAUGUGGGAGGGAACGGUACAUGCAGCGUGCACUGGGUGGUGCCUCCCGUAUGCAGAGAAACAGUUACCUGGUUAGCAAUAAAAGUGCUCCUAGCCCUACCCCCUACAGCAGGAUGUUGGAACUGGAAUCUGGCCAGGUAAAGGCCUUGUUCCCCCUUCUUUGUGCUAUAUGGUAAGGAAAGAGGAAGGAAGAUUCCAACCGAAGGAUGUGUUGGCAAUGAAUGGAUUGCAGCUCCCCUUCCAGCGCAAGAGUGAGUGGAGCUUUCAGCU